AUGGUUGAAAAUCGAUGUUCCGUUCAAAGGGAAGGGGUCUACCACUGGUUCUCGAUAUUGAAUUCGGCCCAGAGAGCUGAGUUCCUUUGUGGGCUUUUGGACCUCUGUGUUCCAAUCGAACUACGCUUCCUCGGGUCUUGCUUGGAAGACUUAGCCCGCAAAGACUAUCACUCCCUCAGGGACGCCGAGAUCAAAGCCAACAACCCUGCUGACCUCUCGAAUCUUACCAACAUCACGGACGACGUCGUGAGGAGCAAGCUGCUCAUCUCCCUCGCACUUCUCAGCUCCGACAACCGAGAGGCGGCGGGUGUUCUCUUCCGAACGCUCACGCACAUCGACAGCAUCAUCAACAACUAUGGCCUGCAGCUCAACGAUGGACGAACGGGGGAGCAGUUCCUUCUCCUCUUCACCAUGGCAUCCAAUCACCCGGCUUUCAGCUUUCACCAGAAACAGGUGCUAAGACAGGAGCUGACCCAGAUCCAAGAGAUCCUGCAGGUCACCUGUGGAGAGCAGCAGGCCGGCACUGGAGGCUGCAGCGGGACUGGCUCGCUGGCCACCCUGUCUCCCGCCACUAGCAUCCCUACCUACAUCACUGCGCCCACCCUCAACUCCUGUCAGGCCGGGUGUCCAUGUUGUCAUAAGGUAGGUCAUAUAUUGUCCCUGUUGUCACUUACUUGAUGGCUAGAUAUCUGAAUGGUCUUGUGCCACUGCCAAGUUUGAGCAAAUAUCCUAAACACAAAGUUCUAGGAUACCUAAUAAGCAAAAGAGUUGGUGAAUGCUAGUGCAUUCAACAACUCCCAACACUAUUUUGCACUAUGGCUUAUUUAUUGCCUUACCUAAUUUACUAUAUUCGCACACACUGUAUAUUUUCUGUUGUAUUUUUGACUUUAUGUUUUGUUUUACCCCAUAUGUAACUCUGUGUUGUUGUUUUUUCGCACUGCUUUGCUUUAUCUUGGCCAGGUCGCAGUUGUAAAUGAGAACUUGUUCUCAACUGGCUUACCUGGUUAAAUAAAGGUUAAAAAAACUAAACAAACAUGUUUUUCACUGGUCCCCCAGGGGCAUAUCUGUCUGUUGUCCCCAACCAUUGGUGUUCCUCCUGAGUCCUGAACAUUCACUCACAAUGUCUGUCUGUAGAUUCAGCAUGACUUUUAUUUCUCUGGAGAACCGGAUGUCAACACAGCAAUGUGGGAAUGGGAAACCACGUCUUCCUUGUUAACUAAAUAUACAGCUUUCUUUGCUUUUAAGAUGUAUUGCAAAACAUUAUGAAUGAUGUUACGACAGUUUAAGGGGCUUUUGUUGAACAUCAGGAAUAUUAUUAUUUACAAAAAACAACCUCUAGAUACAUCUGAAAAUGUCAUUACCCUUGUGUGUGUGUGCGUGUAUGUGUGUAUGCACUGGCGUGUGUGUUUGACAGAGAAAGAGAGUAAAGAACACUUAAAAGGCCGGAUAUAAUGUUACAAAUGAAAAAUGUACCGUAAACCAUCAGUUGGAUUUGAACACAUUGGCACACAGGUUGACUUUUUUCUAUUCUUAGGCAAAGAGAGGAUCUCUACGAAGGCCUGUUUGUCAUUGUGUUGAAUCUGAGACACACAGCACACACACACAGGGCUGUUCAAACUUGUGUCUGAGGGGAAAGUACCCUGCCUGCUCAAAGGAAAGCGGUUGGUUGUAUUUAGUGUUGUUUUGGUCUUGGCCUCUGUUAAGUGCAGGCCAGCACAUUUCUCAAUGCUGAAAUCAAUCCUGUGUGAGAGAGACUUAACCCUCCAGUGAAUCACCAGGAAGCUCUGAUUGCUGCUCUCUCUGACUGUUCAAAGAAGAAGCCUUUACGAUCACCCUAACCCGAUCAGACAUGAAACAUAAACCACACUCACAUAUUAAUCAUACAGUAAAUUCUAAACUUAUGGUAAUGAGUGAUGAGAAAAAAGUAAAUUUAAAAAUGUCACACAUCAUUUACUGCUUUAUUUUGGGUUUAAGCCUUCAGGAAAAAAGGCAGGAGGAACUCCUUAGCGGUGUUUCAGUAUGUUAUCUGCCAGGACCUUUGCCACUGCCAUGCCCAUUUCAGUUCUAAACCCAGCUCAGGCAGCUAGCAUUUCUCCUAGCAGCAGGAUUUCCCAUUUUCCCCGAGAAAAGUAGAAGAUUUGGCAGGAGUCGAUGUGGAUGUGGCAGUAGCACAUUGUAAAGCACACUUAAUUGGUUUCAGAGCUUGUCUGUGUGUGUUUCUGUUGCUGCUUGGAUGAGCAUGUGUGCUGCAUGACCUCUGCUGUUAAACACAUCAGCCUCACCACUGAAAGGGCUUCAAAAAGGAAAGAAAGACACAACUGUAUACACAUUUGGUUGGAAUCAAGCCAUUCCCGUGACCAAUCAAUUUGGACUGCACAACUCUAGAAAUUAAAUUUUACCGGUACAUGUAAAUAAUUACUGAAGCAAUAAGAUUACUGUGCAUAUAAAAGUAAAGACAAGCAGGAUAAAUUGUCCUGAAAUAAUAUAAGAGUAGACCACCUAACAACAGUCCUUUUUCAAAUGGCUCACCUUUCCAGGAAAGUGGUUAGUUGUACAGACAAGUGUUCAGAGUAACAGUGGCUAUUACUGUCACCUAGCUGUCUUCUUGACAAGGUACCUAAUCACAGAGCAAGUGUGCUGCUUAGUGUGUCAAUGCCCACUGUCAAUGGUCAUAACGUAUAACUCUUAAGACAAUAUAGGCUACUGCGAAAGAGCUAAACAAUUUUGUGAAAGACCAGCUGUCAUAUUUGUGGGAACCUUUUACUAAUGACAGCUUUCCAUCACUUAAAGGGGCACUUAAUCACUUUUUAACCUCAUAUUCAGUAUCUCCAGCACCAUACCAUUGUCUAUGUGAAAACAGUGAUUUUCUAUGUUCUUUAGUUAAAAAGAGAUGAAGAAAAGGUCCUGAGAAAAUGACCCCUAUGAGGGCAUCGGAGGUCAUUUUCAAAUGAAUUCAGUGAUUUUGAAAAAUGUAUGUGUGAUCCUGUUUCUUACCUCUUUGAGUCAUGAUAGAUGAGGAAGCUGAAUGUGUGACAGUCAAUGUGUAGGACAGUCUGAAAGGCAGUCAAGGUGCUGAAAGAUUACAGAUCCGUAACCUUCUAACUGCUUCUGACCAUGAUAUUAACCUCUGAUUACUUAACCUGACCUUUGACCCCUGUUUCACAGACACCGCUCCGAGAGGACGGGGCAGGGCGAGGGGACGGUGCAGGGCGAGGGGACGAGGGGAUUGUUCCAGAACCCAUGCCCCACAUGCCAUCUCUCUCAUGCAAGGAGCUGCCAGUCAAGGUGCAUGUUGGGAAAUCGAGCAAAGGUGAGACACAGAACUUUGCUCUGACAUACUUAUACACAGAAAUCUGUCACACUUAUCUACCCUGUCUGCGUACGAGACAGGACAGGACAUCCCAGUGACAGUAAGGGUCAAGGUUCUCUCCAACAACGUCACACACUGUAGUAUGGGAUUCUUGAGUUCAAAGGUAUUACGUUGUCAGUCAUUCAGUACGUGUCUUUAGAAUAAGCAGUUCAGUUUGUGCCAGACACUCACACAUGCACCCAGAACAAGAAACCACACGCUGAAACACCGAAACCGACAAACCAGGCUCCUUGAGGAAUGUGGAGGCAUGCUUGCCCUACGGCCCUCCCCCUAUCAGAAGGAGAGGGAGAAGGAUGGUCAUAUAUUUAGUUCUCAACCUGAGGGUGCACCAUGGUGCGGUGAAGGGCAUCAGUGUUAUGUUUUACACACUACUACAUUGCUCUGGUCUGGAGGGAGAAGCUGCUGCAGGAAUCUCCCAUCAACCUCUGUUUCACAUUUCUCAUUUUUCAGUCAGUCCUUUACACUGUACAUACCUCUCACACACUACUAAACACUUCCACUGCUAUGUGGAAUGAUGUUUAAAACCUUUACUCUAGUAGAGUGUCACUUUAGUAUUAAGGUAUUUGUUAUGAGGGGGAAUACUGUAUAUGCUAUUCAAUGAGAGUGUAGCAGACUGUUCUCUACUUCUCCUUAGUACAAUAUCUUUAAAUAUUUGCUGUUAGGCUAUGAACAGACCGGAAUAGACACUUGUACGCAUGCACACCCACGAAGAAACAAACUCACAAAGGGCCAUGCUUGUUUGGAUUUGGAUGAUACUGUUGCAUUGGAUCAUUUUAAGGUCCCAGACACUACAGCUAUAAAUAUUGUUUCUUAGUUGUCCGCAUGUAUUUUUGUCUUUCUUCAACUCCCUGCUCUUUGCAUAAUGACGAUGGCUUCUCCUGGCCUGGGUACCUGACUGUCUGCAAUAUAUCUGCAUUCCACACUACUACUCUAUAUUGUUGUGUCAAUGUCAAGUACACUAAAGCAGAACACACUGGAACUCUUGAGAUUACUGAGACUACUCUUGAGCAUAACAGAUGUUGAAUCCAAGAGUGGUCACAUGUUAUGUAAUUCACGAGCCACGUUUUCUUCUCCAGUUUUGGAAGGUUUUGUCUGGAGGUGGGACGGAGUGGGGGGGCAAAUAGGAAAUUAUUACAGAUUUUCUCCAAAGUUUUCAAAAUAGGCAGUAGAUGGUAGUACAGUAGAAGUUCUAAAUUCCAGAUUCUUCUUCGAGAUUUGAUUCUUCUUCUUUGAUUCACUGUGCACUAUCUUGUAGGUAGACGUGACAGGUCAAUGGAUUCUACUGUAACAAUUUAAUAUUUUGAACACAAGCAUGCGCACAGACACACACACACUAUGUGUCAGUGUGCAGGAUUGUCUUUUAUCUGAAGGUAGUGCAAAUAUUAAGGGGUUGAUAGUUUUUUGAACGGUGUUAGAGGGGUAAAGAGUUGAUAGUUAGAGGAGCAUGUUAAGCUGGGGUCUUAUAUUGCUUUGAAAGGAGCAGGUCUCUCGGUUACUCAGUAGGAUUGGCCUCUUCGUUUUCUGGUAACCCAAUGCUGAGUUAGCUACACUACCUCAUGGCCAGGGCUGCAUGCCUGUCAUCAGCAGCACAAAGCAGGGCAAGCAUACCUCCAAGCACACACACACGCACACAUGCGCACACACACACACACACACACACACAAACGCACACACAAACACACACAGACAGCAGCCAGAGUGCACUUGUUAUUCAAACAUGCAGAUAGUGAGUGACUAUUAUUUUGGUAAUGCAAUCUUGGUUUUGGUGUCAUUAUCAUAAUACACACACAACACGAAAGGUGCUGAUAAUGCACAAAAGAGAAAAACUGUUGAUUUAAUACCUACUUUUGUGUGUCUUUGUGUGCCGGUGUAUUUUCACAGGGUGCAAUAUGUAACCAGAUCUGUUAGAAUGGCAGAAUGCCCUGGAUUAACGAGUCUGGCACCAGGCAUGUGGAGCCUCCAGCAGCUGCUGCCUGCUGGGCACAGGGCAGGGCAGGGUGCUGAGGGAGAGGCAAGGUGGUAGAGGGCAGUGGGCUGGGUACCUGGGCACUGUGGGCUGGGUGGCUGGGCAGUAGGCUGGGCAGUGGGCUGGGUGGAUGGGCACUGUGGGCAGUGGGCUGGGUGGAUGGGCACUGUGGGCUGGGUGGCUGGGCAGUGAGCUGGGUGGAUGUGGGCUGGGUGGCUGGGCAGUGGAUGGGCACUGUGGGCAGUUGGCUGGGCAGUGGGGUGGAUGGGCACUGUGGGCAGGGGGGCUUGGUGGCUGGGCAGGGGGCUGGGUGGCUGGGCAGUGGGCUGGGUGGCUGGGCAGGGGGCUGGGUGGCUGGGCAGUGGGCUGGGUGGCUGGGCAGUGGGCUGGGUGGCUGGGCAGUGGGCUGGGUGGCUGGGCAGUGGGCUGGGUGGCUGGGCAGUGGGUUGAAAUAGCUGUUUUCACAUGUUGAGCUUAAAUUUAAUAUGAAACCAUAUUUUCAAAUGUAUGACAUUUUGAGUUCACAUUUUAACACCACCUUUUUGCAUGUGAGAAGAAAAACAUGUUUUCACCUCACGUGGAAUGUGCAGUUUUAAAUGUGAAAAAACAAUCACAUGGUUUUCAUAUAAGCCCUUGGGCUUCCAACCACACCUGCACACUUCACUUGUUUUCUUUGGUGCAAAUAAAUAAAACAAAAUAAAUCAAACUAAAACGUAAGAAAAUUAAACGUGCAAAAAUCCCCCCCCCCCCCCCCAAAGUCAAUACUUUGCAGAGCCACCUUUUGCAGCAAUUACAGCUGCAAGUCUCUUGGGGUAUUACAUUUUAACAUUUCAGUCAUUUAGCAGACACUCUUAUCCAGAGUGACUUACAGUUAGUGAGUGCAUACAUUUUCAUACUGGCCCCCCGUGGGAAACGAACCCACAACCCUGGCGUUGCAAGCACCAUGCUCUACCAACUGAGCUACAGGGGAAUGUCUCUAUAAGGUUGGCACAUCUAGCCACUGGGAUUUUUGCCCAUUCUUCAAGGCAAAACUGCUCCAGCUCCUUCAAGUUGGAUGGGUUCCGCUGGUGUACAGCAAUCUUUAAGUCAUACCACAGAUUCUCAAUUGGAUUGAGGUCCGGGCUUUGACUAGGCCAUUCCAAGACAUUUAAAUGUUUCCUCUUAAACCACCCGAGUGUUGCUUUAGCAGUAUGCUUAGGGUCAUUGUCCUGCUGGAAGGUGAACCUCCGUCCCAGUCUCAAAUCUCUGGAAGACUGAAACAGGUUUCCCUCAAGAAUUUCCCUGUAUUUAGCGCCAUCCUUCAAUUCUGACCAGUUUCCCAGUCCCUGUCGAUGGAAAAACAUCCCCACAGCAUGGGGGAUGGUGUUCUCGGGGUGAUGAGAGGUGUUGGGUUUGCACCAGACAUAGCGUUUUCCUUGAUGGCCAAAAAGCUCAAUUUUAGUCUCAUCUGACCAGAGUACCUACUUCCAUAUGUUCGGGAGUCUCCUACAUGCCUUUUGGCGAACACCAAUCGUGUUUGCUUAUUUUUUUCUUUAAGCAAUGGCUUUUUUCUGGCCACUCUUCCGUGAAGCCCAGCUCUGCGGAGUGUACGGCUUAAAGUGGUCCUAUGGACUGAUACUCCAAUCUCCGCUGUGGAGCUUUGCAGCUCCUUCAGGGUUAUCUUUGGUCUCUUUGUUGCCUCUGAUUAAUGCCCUCCUUGCCUGGUCCAUGAGUUUUGGAGGGCGGCCCUCUCUUGGCAGGUUUGUUGUGGUGCCAUAUUCUUUCAAUGUUUUAAUAAUGGAUUUAAUGGUGCUCCGUGGGAUGUUCAAAGUUUCAUAAUUUUUUGGGGGAACCCAACCCUGAUCUGUACUUCUCCACAACUUUGUCCCUGACCUGUUUGGAGAACUCCUUGGUCUUCAUGGUGCUGCUUGCUUGGUUGUGCCCCUUGCUUAGUGGUGUUGCAGACUCUGGGGCCUUUCAGAACAGUUGUACAGUCGUGGUCAAAAGUUUUGAGAAUGACACAAAUAUUAAUUUUCACAAAGUCUGCUGCCUCAGUUUUUAUGAUGGCAAUUUGCAUAUACUCCAGAAUGUUAUGAAGAGUGAUCAGAUGAAUUGCAAUUAAUUGCAAAGUCCCUCUUUGCCAUGAAAAUGAACUUAAUCCCCCAAAAAAGAUUUCCACUGCAUUUCAGCCCUGCCACAAAAGGACCAGCUGACAUCAUGUCAGUGAUUCUCUUGUUAACACAUGUGAGAGUGUUGACAAGGACAAGGCUGGAGAUCACUCUGUCAUGAGAUCACUCUGUCAUUGAGAACUUACAUUUACGUCAUUUAGCAGACGCUCUUAUCCAGAGCGACUUACAGUUAGUGAGUGCAUACAUGUUUAUUUUAUUUAUUUAUUUAUUUUCAUACUGGAAUCGAACCCACAACCCUGGCGUUGCAAAUGCCAUGCUCUAUCAACUGAGCUACAUCCCUGCCGGCCAUUCCCUCCCUUACCCUGGACGACACUGGGCCAAUUGUACGCCGCCCCAUGGGUCUCCCGGUCGCGGCCGGCUACGACAGAGCCUGGAUUCGAACCAGGAUCUCUAGUGGCACAGCUAGCACUGCGAUGCAGUGCCUUAGACCACUGCGCCACUCGAGAGACAACUUGUGGUCAAUCCUCAAGAGGCGGGUGGACAAACAAAAACCCACAAAUUCUGACAAACUCCAAGCAUUGAUUAUGCAAGAAUGGGCUGCCAUCAGUCAGGAUGUGGCCCAGAAGUUAAUUGACAGCAUGCCAGGGCGGAUUGCAGAGGUCUUGAAAAAGAAGGGUCAACACUGCAAAUAUUGACUCUUUGCAGAAACUUAAUGUAAUUGUCAAUAAAAACCUUUGACACUAAUGGAAUGCUUGUAAUUAUACUUCAGUAUACCAUAGUAACAUCUGACAAAAAUAUCUAAAAAGACUGAAGCAGCAAACUUUGUGAAGACCAAUACUUGUGUCAUUCUCAACUUUUGACCACGACUGUAUAUAUACUGAGAUCAUGUGACACUUAGAUUGCACACAGGUGGACUUUAUUUAACUAAUUAUGUGACUUCUGAAGGUAAUUGGUUGCACCAGAUCUUAUUUAGGGGCUUCAUAGCAAAGGGGGUGAAUACAUAUACAUGCACCAUUUUUCCGUUAUUUAUUUUGUAGAAUUUUUUGAAACAAGUUAUUUUUUUCAUUUCACUUCACCAAUUUGAACUAUUUUGUGUAUGUACAUUAUAUGAAAUCCAAAUAAAAAUCCAUUUUAAAUUACAGGUUGUAAUGCAACAAAAUAGGAAAAACGCCAAGGGGGAUGAAUCAUUUUGCAAGGCACUGUAAUUGACAUAUUGAAAAGAAGGAAGCCUGUACAGAAUAUAAAUAUUCCAAAACAUGCAUCCUGUUUGCAACAAGGCACUGAAGUAAUACUGCAAAAAAUGUGUCAAAGCAAUUAACUUUUUGUCCUGAAUACGAAGUGUUAUGUUUUGGGCAAAUCCAAUACAACACACUAUUGAGUACCACUCUCCAUAUUUUCAAGCAUAGUGGUAGCUGCAUCUUGUUAUGGGUAUGCUAGUAAUCGUUAAGGAUUUUUACAGGAUAAAAAAGAAACGGAAUGGAGCUAAGCACAGGCAAAAUCCUAGAGGCAAACCUAUUUCAGUCUGCUUUCCACCAGACACUGGGAGAUGAAUACACCUUUCAGCAGGAGAAUAGCCUGAAACACAAGGCCAAAUCUACAUAGGAGUUGCUUACCAAGAAGACAGUGGAUGUUCCUGAGUGACCGAGUUACAGUUUGAAUUUGUUUAAAAGUCUAUGGCAAGAUCUGAAAAUGAUUGACUAGCAAUCAUCAUCAACCUAUUGAAGAAAUGUUUAAAAUAAUAAUGGGAAAAUGUUGCACAAUCCAGGUGUGGAAAGCUCUUAGAGACUUACCCAGAAAGACUCAGCUGUAAUCGCUGCCAAAGGUUAUUCUAACAUGUUUUGACUCAGAGGGUUGAAUACUUAUGUAAUCAAGAUGCACUACAUGACCAAAGGUAUGUGGACACCUGCUCGUCAAACAUCUCAUUCCAAAAUCAUGGCCGUUAAUAUGGAGUUGGUCCCCCCUUUGCUGCUAUAACAGCCUCCACUCCUCUGGGAGUGCUUUCCACUAGAUGUUGGAACAUUGCCGCAGGGACUUGCUUCCAUUCAGCCACAAGCAUUAGUGAGGUCGGGCACUGAUGUUGAGCGAUUAGGCCUGGCUCGCAGUCUGCCUUCCAAUUCAUCCCAAAGGUGUUUGAUGGGGUUGAAGUCAGGGCUCUGUGCAGGCUCUGUGCAGUCCACACCGAUCUCGACAAACCAUUUCUGUAUGGACCUCGCUUUGUGCACGGGGGCAUUGUCAUACUGAAACAGGAAAGGGCCUUCCCCAAACUGUUGCCACAAAGUUGGAAGCACAGAAUCGUCUGGAAUGUCAUUGUAUGCUGUAACGUUAAGAUUUCCCUUCACUGGAACAAAACGGCUUAGCCCGAACCAUGAAAAACAGCCCCAGACCAUUAUUCUUCCUCCACUAAACUUUACAGUUGGCACUUGCAUUUGGGCAGGUAGCAUUCUCCUGGCAUCCACCAAACCCAUAUUUGUUCGUCGGACUGCCAGAGGGUGAAGCCUGAUUCAUCACUCCAGAGAAUGCAUUUCCACUGCUCCAGAGUCCAAUGGCGGUGAGGUUUACACCACUCCAGCCUAUGCUUGGCAUUGCGCAUGGUGAUCUUAGGUGUGUGUGCGGCUGUUCGGCCAUAGAAACCCGUUUCAUGAAGCUCCCGACAAACAGUUAUUGUGCUGACAUUGCUUCCAGAGGCAGUUUGGAACUCGUUAGUGAGUGUUUCAACCGAGGACAGACAAUUUUUACACGCUACGCGCUUCAGCACUCGGUGGUCACGUUCUGUGAGCUUGUGUGGCCUACCACUUUGCGGCUGAGCCGUUGUCGCUCCUAGACGUUUCCUCUUCACAGUUGAUUGGGGCAGCUCUAGCAGGGCAGAAAUGUGACGAACUGACUUGUUGGAAAGGUGGCAUCCUAUGACGGUACCACGUUGAAAGUCACUGAGCUCUUCAGUAUGGGCCAAUGUUUGUCUAUGGAGAUUGCAUGGCUGUGUGCAUGAUUUUAUACACCUGUCAGCAACGGUGUGGCUGAAAUAGCCGAAUCCACUAAUUUGAAGGCGUGUCCACAUACUUUUCUACAGUGCAUUCGUAAAGAAUUCAGAACCCUUGACUUUUUCCACAUUUUGUUAUGUUACAGCCUUAUUCUAAAAUUGAUUAAAUUGUUUUUUUCUCCUAAUCAAUCUACACACAAUACCCCAUAAUGACAAAGCAAAAAUAGGCUUUUCAAAAAUAUUGCAAACGUAUAUUUAACGGAAAUAUCACAUUUACACAAGUAUUCACACCCUUUACUCAGUACUUUGUUGAAGCACCUUUACAGCCUCGAGUCUUCUUGGGUAUGACGCUACAAGCUUGGCACAACUGUACUUGGGGAGUUCCUCCCAUUUUUCUCUGCAGAUCCUCGCAUGCUCUGUCAGGUUGGACGGGGAGCGUCACUGCACAGCUAUUUUCAGCUCUCUCCAGUGGCUGGCCCACUCAAGUACAUUCAGUGACUUGUCCCGAAGCCACUCCUGCGUUGUCUUGGCUAUGUACUUAGGGUCGUUGUCCUGUUGGAUGGUCUGAGACCAGCCACCCAGACAGCUGAUGAAACUAGGUUUGCACAACCGAAGAAUUUCUGCACAAGCUGUCAGAAACCUGCAUGCUUGGCGUCCUCACCAGGGUCUUGACAUGACUGCAGUUCGGCGUCGUAACCGACUUCAGUGGGCAAAUGCUCGCCUUCGAUGGCCACUGGCAUGCUGGAGAAGUGUGCUCUUCACGGUUGAAUCCGGUUUCAACUGUACCGGGCGAGCGGUUUGCUGAUGUCAACGUUGUGAACAGAGUGCCCCAUGGUGGGGAUGGGGUUAUGGUAGGGCAGGCAUAAGCUACUGACAACGAACACAAUUGCAUUUUAUCAAUGGCAAUUUCAAUGCACAGAGAUACCGUGACGACAUCCUGAGGCCCAUUGUCGUGCCAUUAAUUCGCUGCCAUCACCUCAUGUUUCAGCAUGAUAAUGCAUGGCCCCAUGUCGCAAGGAUCUGUACACAAUUCCUGGAAGCUGUAAAUGUCCCAGUUCUUCCAUGGGCUGCAUACUCAUCAGAUGUGUCACCCAUUGAGAAUGUCUGGGAUGCUCUGGAUAGAUGUGUACGACAGCGUGUUCCAGUUCCUGCCAAUAUCCAGCAACUUCACACAGCCAUUGAAGAGGAGUGGGACAACAUUCCACAGGCCACAAUCAACAGCCUGAUCAACUCUAUGCAAAGGAGAUGUGUCACGCUGCAUGAGGCAAAUGGUGGUCACUCCAGAUACUGACUGGUUUUCUGAUCCAUGCUCCUACCUUUUUUUUUAAGGUGUCUGUGACCAACAGAUGCAUAUCUGUUUUCCCAGUCAUGUUACAUCCAUAGAUUAGGGCCUAAUAAAUGUAUUUCAAUUGACUGAUUUCCUUAUAUGAACUGUAACUCAGUAAAAGCUGGAUCCCUUCUAGCCAUGACUGCAGGAGUGGGAGCUCACACAGGAAGAGAGAAUUCAGGCCAGACAGCAUGACAUAGUUCCUCUUCUGUCUCUCACUCACAUCACAUUCACUUUCCCCACUUACUCACUCACCUGACUCUUUUACACACACUGUUCCUACUCUCUUUCACUUACACUCACACAUGCAUGCGCAUGCACGCACUCAGGCACCACGCACGCACGCACCGCACGCGUGCACACACACACACACACACGCACACACACAGUGAAAGUAAUGAAGUUUUAGCCUUUAGUAAAGCAGUUUAGCCUUACGGUGAGGCCUAUAAGCUUUCUGCUACUCAGAACACUUCAGAUUAGUUCACACUCCUGGCCUGAGACUGAGAGCUAAACCACUGGGUAAGAACAGUGGCGGGAGGUUUUUCACAAUAUUUCCGCAUUUCUGAUCCCCUCAGAUAGGGCACUUUCAGUACAGAGCUUCAUUCAGCUAGCUAGUGCCUCUCCCAUUGCUAAUACACACCGGAGGAAGUGCUGAGUCUGCAAGGUAUAUUUAACAAACAGGCCUGUGUGUAUGUGUGUGCUCUACUGUAUGUGGGUUUAUGAGUGUUGUGUAUGUGAUUUCAGAGGGUUUGUGUGUGUGUGUGUGUUCUCUGAAUCUCCGAUACGGAGUUCAGCCAAAUGUUUCAAAAUGUCACUGGCAGGAUCCCUAAAAUGUGCCACUAGUCCAGACAUAAAUCUAGAUCAUCCUCCUGUCGCUGUUUCUCUCCAUGGCUCUCUUUCUCUCUACCUUGUUUCUCUAUCUGUAUUUUGCCUCUAGUCUCGCUGUCCUCCUCUGUUCUCCAGUUUAAAGUGUUUGUGUUUAAAUAAACACCAGGUGAUAUCAUUCCCUGGGAUUUUCUCUAUGAAUUCAGAUAUUUCAUUUAGUUACAUACAUUUGGUGCCAAAAGAACAGUCACGACAGUAGAUCUAAUAGGAGCAUUAAGAACUACAUUUUCAUCUAGCAUGCUUUUCCCAUAAUCUAGCAUGGUAGAAAAAUAUGAGACACCAAGCAAUGACGUACUUGGUGUUCUUUGUUUGCUAAACGAUAAUGUCAGAUAAUCCAAACAAUGAUUUCUAUUUUUUUCAGUGAACAUAGAGAGGAUAGAGCUGAGUGGAGUGACUCACAAGGGGGAGAAACCAAGUGAAUAUAUGCUAGAGGUGGGUAUGCGCACGCACGCACACACAGCCCCACUCACGCAGGAACACACAAGUUCCAGUAUGUACUGUAUGUUAGUUAUUGUAUGCUGUUGCCCUGUCUACUCACACUCUCCUUAUCCCACAGGUCACAUGGUCAGACUCCUCUGUUUCCACUGUGAGCAGGAAUCACCAGGAGGUGCUGAACUUUCUCUCCCAGGUAAGAAAGUGGCUGAAGCACAGAGAGGGGACAGAACGCUAGUGUCUCUUAUUGGCUGUUCUGCUAACUAGCAGCAACCUUUUUUCAGGUUAGGAUUUACAGUAUUUGAAGUGGUGAAAAAACCUGUCUUUAUUUCCAUUGUACCCAUCUGCCGUCUGAUGGAUAGUGAUGUGAAGAUCAAUAUCUAUUUUGUGUUUCUCCCAGGUCUCCCAGCUUUUCCCUGAUGAAGGUCUAGAGAAGUUCCUGCUUCAGUCCCAUGGCCUUGAUCAGGCCCCUGAGCUGGACCCCAGGUAAGGUCCAUCAGCAUUGUCACUGACCAAGGUAGCCCACCUGAAUAUGUUCACUUGAUAACAGUGGUGCAUAGUUAAUACUGUAUGUGUUUUGAUAUAUAUAGGCCUCCUGUAGCUCAGUUGGUAGAGCAUGGCGCUUGCAACGCCAGGGUUGUGGGUUUGAUUCCCACGGGGGGCCCGUAUGGAAAAUGUAUGCGCUCACUAACUGUAAGUCGCUCUGGAUAAGAGCGUCUGCUAAAUGACUAAAAUGUAAUAUAUAUUAUUUUCAUGCUGUAUAUGUAUGAUAAUGAGUAACAACCAAGUAGUUACUGUAAUUGAGAAAACAACCCAUGUUGUUUUAAUGUUGUUUUUGACCUAGUUCUUGGUGUUACUGUCAAAGACAAGAGAUAAGGAGGGAAUUAAUCAUAUCAAGCAUUGAAUGUAACAUUAUCUCAUAUGUUUGCCCUUUAACCCUCUGCCUCUACAGGUGCCUGACAAUGCUUCCAGCCCACAUUCUCAAACACUACCAAGUUAAACUCUUCUUCAGCACUGCCACCACCGCCCCCUCCUUCCCCCCCACUGCAGGUAAGACUCCUGUCCUAACCCUACUAGUGUUCAUGGGAUGUAUAUGUCCCCCUCUCUGGUUGGCGGAGAGUAGGGGCACUUCAUCUCUGGGGUUUGAGGGGUGUUGGGGGGGGGGGGGGUUUCUAUUUUAGAUUUGUGUGGGAAUUUGGACUAGCAUGUUUGUGUUGGUAGGCCUGGUGAAUGGUGACCUCAUCCUAGAGUUAUUUAUAAUUCCGUCCCCCCAGGCAGGGCAGUGGCAGUAGGAGAGACCUGAAUGUCUGUCUGACUGUGUCUGGAGCAGCUAGACUUUCGCCCCUUGGCUGAUAUUAUGAGACCCAUGGGAUGCAGUAGAAUAAAAAUCUAUCUUACUCCACUGUAAUGUGGUACCACAGGCCCCAGUGACAUGCUGAAAUAUCACACUGCUCUCAAAUUAAACUGGACAAACUGGCGACCCUCAGCUGAUAUUUCGUUCCUAACUUGUAAAGAGGUCAAGAAGUCAAUAGACGAGAUUCAAAAAUGUGUUUUGCGUACAGUAUAUAGCCAUUCAUAGAGUAUGCUUAUUUAGAGGUUGUUGAAUAUGUGACUGACUGAUCUAUGUUUCUUUCUUGUGCUACAGGUAUUGGGUGCUUGCUUCAAUACAGAGGAGCCAACAGGUGGGCUCCCGUCUUUAACACUCAACAUACACUAUAUAUACAAAAGUAUGGAGACACCCCUUCAAAUGAGUGGAUUUGGCUAUUUCAGCCACACCCGUUGCUGACAGGUGUAUAAAAUCGAGCACACAGCCAUGCAAUCUCCAUAGACAAACAUUGGCAGUAGAAUGGCCUUACUGAAGAGCUCAGUGACUUUCAACGUGGCACCGUCAAAGGAUGCCACCUUUCCAACAAGUCAGUUUGUCAAAUUUCUGCCCUGCUAGAGCUGCCCCGGUCAACUGUAAGUGCUGUUAUUGUGAAGUGGAAACGUCUAGGACCAACAACGGUUCAGCUGCGAAGUGGUAGGCCACACAAGCUCACAGAACGGGACCGCCGAGUGCUGAAACGCAUAGCGCGUCAAAAUCGUCUGUCCUCGGUUGCAGCACUCACUACCGAGUUCCGAACUUCCUCUGGAAGCAACGUCAGCACAAGAACUGUUAGUUGGGAGCUUCAUGAAGUGGGUUUCCAUGGCUGAGCAGCCGCACACAAGCCUAAGAUCAACGUCCUUAGACUCUGGAGCAGUGGAAACGCGUUCUCUGGAGUGAUUAAUCAUGCUUCAGCAUCUGGCAGUCCGACGGACGAAUCUGGGUUUGGCGGAUGCCAGGAGAACGCCACCUGCCCCAAUGCAUAGUGCCAACUGUAAAGUUUGGUGAAGGAGGAAUAAUGGUCUGGGGCUGUUUUUCAUGAUUCGGGCUAGGCCCCUUAGUUCCAGCGAAGGGAAAUCUUAAUGCUACUGCAUACGAUUACAUUCUAGACGAUUCUGUGCAUCCAACUUUGUGGCAACAGUUUGGGGAAGGUCCUUUCCUGUUUCAGCAUGAUAAUACCUCCGUGCACAAAGCGAGGUCCAUACAGAAAUGGUUUGUCCAGAUCGGUGUGGAAGAACUUGACUGGCCUGCACAGAGGGCUGACCUCAACCCUAUCGAACACCUUUGGGAUGAAUUGGAACGCCGACUGCGAGCCAGGCCUAAUUGCCCAACAUCUGUGCCCAACCUCACUAAUGCUCUUGUGGCUGAAUGGAAGCAAAUCCCUGCAGCAAUGUUCCAACAUCUAGUGGAAAGCCUUCUCAUUGCGUGGAGGCUGUUAUAGCAGCAAAGGGGGGACCAACUCCAUAUUAAUGCCCAUGAUUUUGGAAUGAGAUGUUCGACGAGCAUGUGUCCACAUACUUUUGGUCAUGUUGUGUACUCUUUCACUAAGUCUGAUAUAGGCUGUUGCUGCCAAUCCAAAUCUGCAAACUGUAUAAUGAUCUUAAUAUCUGAAUUACAUUAUUUCCAUCGUUUGCAAUAUAUUUAUCUUUUCCCUAUUUUCCUUCCAUGUUUCCACUCCUCUUUCACCCCUCCCCCCCCCCGCCCUCCUCUCCUCCUCUCAGGGCUGUAUGUGGUGUAGCCAGUAUCCAGACAGUCAUGAGCGUUCACAACUCCAUUCAGCCUUGCUCUCCAACCCAGCUGCCCCCUCUGCCCCCCCAGGGCACUGUGCCCAUCCUUCCCCCCGGUGGGGUGGGGGUAGCAGGGGGGGACAACGCGCCCCCUCCCGGCUACCUCCAGAACCCUGGUCCUCCACUGCAGAGCAGCCCAGAACAGAACGGCAUCCUGGACUGGCUGAGGAAACUACGCCUGCACAAGUACUACCCAGUGUUCAAGCAGCUGACCAUGGAGGAGGUGGGUGAGCUCUGAGGAAGGAAUGAGUCUCUCAUUGGUGGGUUUAGGUUACAGUGGAUGAGUGGCAUUUAAGACACCUAUGGAGCUGUAGAGAUGAGGAUAUAACUAAAAGUGGCUUUGUUUUGGCUUGGAAAUGGGGUGUAUGCAGGGAAAGUUCAGAUUCAGAAAACGUUAAUGUCCUCAAAGAGGGAUUAAUUUUGCAGCAAUCACAAUACAGACAAAAUCACAUAUUAAAAAACAACAUCAAAACAGCAAAGGAUAUUUACAAGCAAGUAGGCUGGACAAGUGCAAUAUAAAUUAUAAAAUGUCAGAAUAAGGCUACAUGUCAGAGGCUAGAUGUCUGUUAUUACAAAGCCCCAACAGUAGACAUUAGAAUAGAUCAAACAACAGUUGCUGUCUUCCCCUAUCAGUCACAUUCUUCUCCCUAGUAGUCCCUAGCUGUGCUCUUAAAAUGUCUCUCCUUUCCCACAGUUCCUUGGACUCACAGAGGAGGAUCUGAACAAGUAUGACCUCACCCAGGGAGCCAAGAAGAAGCUGAAGACACAGCUGGAACUGCAGAAGUGAGUCUGAACCCUGAACCCAGACCCCUCAUCAAGCCCUCUGUCCCCCAGCCCCAUAAAAGCAGUGACGUGCCCAUUCCAACAUACUCAUGUGUAGACACGUAGUUCAGAGGGUUAUGAGAUGGAUGGAUGGAUGGGUAGAAGGAUGGAUGGAUAGAUAGAUAGAUAGAUAGAUAGAUAGAUAGAUAGAUCCCGUGUAGCUCAGUUGGUAGAGCAUGGCGCUUGCAACGCCAGGGUUGUGGGUUCGAUUCCCACGGGGGACCAGUAUGAAAAAAUUUAUGCACUCACUAACUGUAAGUUGCUCUGGAUAAGAGCGUCUGCUAAAUGACUAAAAUGAUAGAUAGAUAGAUAGAUAGAUACUCUAUUUACAACUAAUAUGUUUCAUCAUUUUAUUAUUUAGAUAGUCAUACUUCAUAGUUGGUGUAGCAUUUGUAAAAGGUGCGUCUGUUGAUUGUUUAUUUUAUUAAACAUUAACACAGGAGAUUGAUCAAUUAUGUUUUUGUGCGAGGGAAUAUGUAAGGAAUAAUCAACAAGAGGCUAUGCGUUCUAUGGAAAAUAAUGAACGACACACCCUAGUGGAGUGGAACUAACCUUCCACGGAGUUGCGCUAGCGGAGUGGAUAACCUUCCACAGAGUUGCAUUAUUUUCCAGAGAGCCAUGAGUUGAUUAUCCCUUUUAUACCAUGGCUAUAAUUUAAUACAUUCCCCGCUAGAUAUGUGUUCAUUUGCCUCUAGAAUUGUCUUCAACAUCCACUGAAGUAGCUAGCAAGUUUACUAGAUAGACAGUAGUUGCCUUAGUAACCAAACAAACAGGCUUGCUAGUUUAGCUAACCAAACCAUCAGUCCUAGCUUGCUAUUAUGAAAAUCUAAUUCAACAAUGCCAAUAAUGUUUUCAAUUCGACUUUUGCUUUCAAAAGCAGCUCAAACAUAGAACAUGUAAGAAUGAACUAUAGCCAUUGAAUUCUACCAUGCAAAUAUACCGUGCGUUAUAGGGAAAUAAUGAAUGCUCUAGAAUGCCCUUCAAGGCAAUCAGAAACGAGUAUUCAACAAUGCGAUAUAGGGCUAUGAGUUCUUUGGAAAGUGGAAGGUGUGUUCCAAGACGCGCUAGCGGAGUGGAACUGACAUUCCACAGAGUUGCAUUAUUUUCCAGAGAACGCAUAGAGCCCCAUGUUGAUUAUCCCUUUUACACCAUGGCUAUAAUUUAACACAUUUGCAACUCGAAAUGUGUUCAUUUGCCGGUAGAAAUGUGUUCAACAUUCACUGAAGUAGCUAGCAAGUUUACUAGAUAGCAACAGUAGUUGCUGUGGUAACCAAACAAACAGACUUGCUAGUUUAGCUAACCAAACCAUCAGUCCUAGCUUACUAUUAUGAAAAUCUAAUUCAACAAUACUAAUACUGUUUUCAAUUUGACUUUUGCUUUCAAAAGCAGCUCAAACAAAACAUGUAAAAAUGAACUAUAGCCAUUGAAUUGUACCGUGCAAAUAUACAGUGCGUUAUAGGGAAAAAAUGCAAGCUCUAGAAUACCCUUCAAGCCAGAAAUUAGUAUACAACAAACCCUUACAACAAACCCUAACUGCAGUCGACUGUGGUAUUUUGGACGCAGUAAUUGCAGAAUAACUGCAGUGGACUGCAGUUGAACUGCAGUUAUACUGCACUGUAACUGCAGGUACACUGCAACAUUACUGCAUUAAAAUAAACUGUUAUUUUGGACGCAGUAUUUGCAGCAUACUGCAGUUUUACUGCACUCUAAUUGCAAUCUUUUUUUGUAAGGGAUGACAUGGUAUAAAGAUUAAUAAUGGUAAUUUGGUUGUCAAUGGUUAACUAGCAUUCCGGUGGGGUAGAUUGGUUAGUCCAGAUAAGUUGUACCUUAAGGGAAGAUGGAAAGAAUAAACCGCAUGGAAAACCCAGUCACCUGUUGUAGCGUAGGAAUGGUACUGAGAGAGAACACUAUCACUUUGCCUGUUUCCACAGCUAAUAUCAGCAUGUUUCCAUUAGCCAGGUUUAGCCAGGUACGACCAUGUGCAUUGGUGACAGGAAGUGGAAAGUUCCUCAGGUGCUUUUCCAUAGAUCUGUCUGAUUAUCAGUGAGCUUAAUGGGAGCUUAUUCGGGAUCACUCAUUACACUGUCAAGUCGGGUUUUUACUCCACCUGGCGAAAUAGCUAAAUUAACACUUUUUUUCCCUAGCAAUAUAACAUGGUGAGUUGUCAAAAUCGUGCAUGUGUCAUAUGUCCUCCUCCGUGUACUGUAUUUGUAAGAGUACUGACUCAAAAGUUGUUUAAAAAAAAAUCUAGCAAUUCUCUGUACCAUUCAUGGCACUGGUGUUCAUCUCAAAUGACUAUUCCUCACACAACUUGUUGCUGGUGUGUAGGUGAAACAGAGGAUGUUGAUGCUGUGCUUUUGUAAUCUUGACGGCUAGACUAGAGCACCCUCUAGGAUUUCAAUAGUGCUAUUGUCACCAGAUUAUACUGUGGCUGUCUGCUAUGUAGAGAUGACAAAGAUGUUUCUGUGAUGACUGACUGUGUUCCUGUCAGUAGGGAGAAGAUGGAGAAGAGGUAUAUGUUGUCCCAGUUCCCUGUGUCCUGCAGUGGCAUUGCCAGGGUUACUCCAUCCAGCCACAUAGUCCCAGUGGCACACGUCCACUCCAGUAGCAACACAGGUAUGCAACUCAUCUGACAGAGGUUAUACUUUCAAUACAAGUAAACUUGACAUUUGGAAUACAGGUUACACAGAAAUGAUCUGUACUCUGUUAGCAUGUAGACUACACAUUAAUUAACAUAGGCAAUCCCUCAACAUGUACACCAGAGGAGGCUGGUGGGGGGAUAUUUAGGAGGAUCGGCCCAUUUUAAUGGCUGUAAUGGGAUAAACGGAACGGAGUCAAACGUGUGGUUUCCAUAUGUUUGUGUUUGAUACCGUUCCAAUUAUUCCAUUCCAGCCAUUACAAUGAGCCCGACCUCCUAUAUCUUCUCCCACCAGCCUCCUCUGAUGUACACCUUCUCAACAUUACCCUUACAACAUACUGCAGGUAACCUACUACAGUUGAAGUCGGAAGUUUACAUACACUUACAGUGGGGAAAAAAAGUAUUUAGUCAGCCACCAAUUGUGCAAGUUCUCCCACUUAAAAAGAUGAGAGAGGCCUGUAAUUUUCAUCAUAGGUACACGUCAACUAUGACAGACAAAAUUAGAAAAAAAAAUCCAGAACAUCACAUUGUAGGAUUUUUAAUGAAUUUAUUUGCAAAUUAUGGUGGAAAAUAAGUAUUUGGUCAAUAACAAAAGUUUCUCAAUACUUUGUUAUAUACCCUUUGUUGGCAAUGACACAGGUCAAACGUUUUCUGUAAGUCUUCACAAGGUUUUCACACACUGUUGCUGGUAUUUUGGCCCAUUCCUCUAUGCAGAUCUCCUCUAGAGCAGUGAUGUUUUGGGGCUGUCGCUGGGCAACACAGACUUUCAACUCCCUCCAAAGAUUUUCUAUGGGGUUGAGAUCUGGAGACUGGCUAGGCCACUCCAGGACCUUGAAAUGCUUCUUACGAAGCCACUCCUUCGUUGCCCGGGCGGUGUGUUUGGGAUCAUUGUCAUGCUGAAAGACCCAGCCACGUUUCAUCUUCAAUGCCCUUGCUGAUGGAAGGAGGUUUUCACUCAAAAUCUCACGAUACAUGGCCCCAUUCAUUCUUUCCUUUACACGGAUCAGUCGUCCUGGUCCCUUUGCAGAAAAACAGCCCCAAAGCAUGAUGUUUCCACCCCCAUGCUUCACAGUAGGUAUGGUGUUCUUUGGAUGCAACUCAGCAUUCUUUGUCCUCCAAACACGACGAGUUGAGUUUUUACCAAAAAGUUCUAUUUUGGUUUCAUCUGACCAUAUGACAUUCUCCCAAUCCUCUUCUGGAUCAUCCAAAUGCACUCUAGCAAACUUCAGACGGGCCUGGACAUGUACUGGCUUAAGCAGGGGGACACGUCUGGCACUGCAGGAUUUGAGUCCCUGGCGGCGUAGUGUGUUACUGAUGGUAGGCUUUGUUACUUUGGUCCCAGCUCUCUGCAGGUCAUUCACUAGGUCCCCCCGUGUGGUUCUGGGAUUUUUGCUCACCGUUCUUGUGAUCAUUUUGACCCCACGGGGUGAGAUCUUGCGUGGAGCCCCAGAUCGAGGGAGAUUAUCAGUGGUCUUGUAUGUCUUCCAUUUCCUAAUAAUUGCUCCCACAGUUGAUUUCUUCAAACCAAGCUGCUUACCUAUUGCAGAUUCAGUCUUCCCAGCCUGGUGCAGGUCUACAAUUUUGUUUCUGGUGUCCUUUGACAGCUCUUUGGUCUUGGCCAUAGUGGAGUUUGGAGUGUGACUGUUUGAGGUUGUGGACAGGUGUCUUUUAUACUGAUAACAAGUUCAAACAGGUGCCAUUAAUACAGGUAACGAGUGGAGGACAGAGGAGCCUCUUAAAGAAGAAGUUACAGGUCUGUGAGAGCCAGAAAUCUUGCUUGUUUGUAGGUGACCAAAUACUUAUUUUCCACCAUAAUUUGCAAAUAAAUUCAUUAAAAAUCCUACAAUGUGAUAUUCUGGAUUUUUUUUCCCUCAAUUUGUCUGUCAUAGUUGACGUGUACCUAUGAUGAAAAUUACAGGCCUCUCUCAUCUUUGUAAGUGGGAGAAGUUGCACAAUUGGUGGCUGACUAAAUACUUUUUUUCCCCCACUGUAGGUUGGAGUCAUUAAAACUCGUUUUUCAACCACUCCACAAAUUUCUUGGUAACAAACUAUAGUUUUGGCAAGUUGGUUAGGACAUCUACUUUGUGCAUGACACAAGUAAUUUUCAAACAAUUGUUUACAGACAGAUGAUUUCACUUAUAAUUCACUGUAUCACAAUUCCAGUGGGUCAGAGGUUUACAUACACUAAGUUGACUGUGCCUUUAAACAGCUUGGAAAAUUCCAGAAAAUGAUGUCAUGGCUUUAGAAGCUUCUGAUAGGCUAAUUGACAUCAUUUGAGUCAAUUGGAGGUGUACCUUUGGAUGUAUUUCAAGGCCUACCUUCAAACUCAGUGCCUCUUUGCUUGACAUCAUGGGAAAAAUCAAAAGAAAUCAGCCAAGACCUCAGAAAAAAAUGGUAGACCUCCACAAGUCUGGUUCAUCCUUGGGAGCAAUUUCCAAAAGCCUGAAGGUACCACGUUCAUCUGUACAAACAACAGUACGCAAGUAUAAACACCAUGGGACCACGCAGCCGUCAUACCGCUCAGGAAGGAGACGCGUUCUGUCUCCUAUAGAUGAACGUACUUUGGUGCGAAAAGUGCAAAUCAAUCCCAGAACAACAGCAAAGGACCUUGUGAAGAUGCUGGAGGAACCAGGUACAAAAGUAUCUAUAUCCACAGUAAAACGACUCCUAUAUCGACAUAACCUGAAAGGCCGCUCAGCAAGGAAGAAGCCACUGCUCCAAAACCGCCAUAAAAAAGCCAGACUCCGGUUUGCAACUGCACAUGGGGAUGAAGAUCGUACUUUUUGGAGAAAUGUCCUCUGGUCUGAUGAAACAAAAAUAGAACUGCUUGGCCAUAAUGACCAUCGUUAUGUUUGGAGGAAAAAGGGGAAUGCUUGCAAGCCGAAGAACACCAUCCCAACCGUGAAGCACAGGGAUGGCAGCAUCAUGCUGUGGGGGUGCUUUGCUGCAGGAGGGACUGGUGCGCUUCACAAAAUAGAUGGCAUCAUGAGGAAGGAAAAUUAUGUGGAUAUAUUGAAGCAACAUCUCAAGACAUCAGUCAGGAAGUUAAAGCUUGGUCGCAAAUGGGUCUUCCAAAUGGACAAUGACCCCAAGCAUACUUCCAAAGUUGUGGCAAAAUGGCUUAAGGACAACAAAGUCAAGUAAUUGGAGUGGCCAUCACAAAGCCUUGACCUCAAUUCUAUAGAAAAAUGUGUGGGCAGAACUGAAAAAGCGUGUGCGAGCAAGGAGGCCUACAAACCUGACUCAGUCAGAAGGAAUGGGCCAAAAUUCACCCAACAUAUUGUGUGGAAGCUUGUGGAAGGCUACCCGAAACGUUUGACCCAAGUUAAACAAUUUAAAGGCAAUGCUACCAAAUACUAAUUGAGCGUAUGUAAACUUCUGACCCACUGGGAAUGUGAUGAAAGAAAUAAAAGCUUAAAUAAAUCAUUCUUUCUACUACUAUUCUAACAUUUCACAUUCUUAAAAUAAAGUGGUGAUUCUUACUGACCUAAGACAGGGAAUUUUUAUUAGGAUUAAAUGUCAGGAAUUGUGAAAAACUGAGUUUAAAUGUAUUUGGCUAAAGUGUAUGUAAACUUCCGACUUCAACUGUAUAUACACCUUCAGCUUAAUUGAUCACAGUUUCUUUGUUUAGAGCUGUGUGUGGAGGUAGAGACUGGCGUGCACCCUCUUGCCCGGGACAGCAGCUCCUCUUCAGGGUAUUCCAGCGCCCCCUCCAGCCCCAUGACCCCUCACUCUCUGUCUCUGUCCCGGGAAGGGGCCUUUGACAGGGCCAAGGAGCCACACAGACGUGAGUACCUCCCUCAGCAGUUAUGCUAACUGAAAUGGUCUUUAAUAAGUGGGUAUAUCACUGAUAACAUUUUGUUCUAUGUCAUCCUGUCCCUAUCCAGGUAUGGAGUCAGGACUAGACCUAGGAGAGAAGGACAGGACUUAUGUUCUCCUAAACCCCACCGUUACAACAGGGCCUAGUCGGCCCACUGCUCAGGUUCUUCCCGUGCAGAAUGAUCCUACUCCCUGCCCCUCCCACAUGAGCCUCCCUCCUCCCUCCCUAAACCUACAGUCAUCAGGAUGCAUCCUGGGUUCCCCCCGUAAUCCCCGGCUACCUCCCCUCUGCCCUGACGAGCGGGCCAAACCCCUGGGUUCAGGUGUAGCUGUUGGGGUGCGACUGGAGAGCGUGUUCCCUGGCCUGAGUGUGGACAGUAUGGGGUCCCCUCCCCUCAAUCAGGACUCUGCCGGGCCACGGGGGCCCUCUGGGGUCACCGUGCUGCGCCCCCCUCCAGUCUUGAUGGUGGAGACCAGCUCCGCCCUCACCACAACCUCCAACACCCUGCACCACGUCUCACACCCCCCUCUACACCUGCAGGUGUCCCCCUCCCUAUGGCGUGCUGGACACUACCCCUACCCCUCCUCUUCUGCCUCUUCCUCCUCUCCCGCCGCCAAGUUAGCAUUUCCGUCUGUGAGUGGCGUUCGCAUGGGAACUACGAGCAGUGUUCCCAUGGCAGCGGUGCCAGGCAACACCUACUGUGUGAACAGUAGUGCUGCUGUCCAACCCAGCUCCAGUCCCACAUCCACAGAGACCAGCAGCUACGCUGUCACCUCUGGCUCCACCCCCAGCUCCUCUGUCUGCGUCUGCAGCUCUUGUGGCUGCAGUGGGAACUGUGGCUCCUACGGGGCUCUCCCGGCCAGCUACGCAGGGUACUUCCAGCACCCCUUCUCAGGGACGUCAGUGUUCACCCUGGGGCCCAUGCUUCACCUCAGUCCCCUGCUGGCUGGGAGCAGUACUGCCACCCCCUUCCCCUACCCCCUGGUGGCACCGCCCCUCUACAACAACAGCAUGUCUCACAGCCAUGACACCCAGGGGCUGGUACUGCCCCCCAUGCAGGGCUUCCUGGGGGCCGGUGCCAACCUGCACCAGCCUCAUGGGGUGGUGGGGAACGGAGGGCACAAGAAGCCAGGGAGCCUGUCCUGCUACAACUGUGGGGUCACAGGCCAUCGGGCACCGGAAUGCAAGCAGCCACCCAUGGACGCUGCUCAACAAGGUAUAACAUAGAAACCUUACAGCUACUAAAAUAGAUAUUGUAAUUCCAUGAUUGAAAAUACAUAUGUUUAAUAUCUGCAGAAACCUCUUGGGGAAUUUGAUAUGUUUAGCUCCAUUGGUAUUUUGUUUUUUUGCAGGCACGUUCCGGCUG